CUGCCCAAGACCGGCCCAGCCAACGGCCUCCUCUCGGCUCGGUGGAGGCUAAGUUGGCAAUCAGCACGAAGAGACCGGCACAAUGCGAAUCGGCCCCCGGGUCCGAGGCCGCAACGGCACACGGUGGCGCCAAGAAGGUGCAGUAUUCGAUCGAAUCCAUCAAGAACACCAACAAGGGUAGCGGUGCCUCGCGCUCACCGAACCACGUCGAGGCGUGCCCGGGACUGCCUCUCCGACUGCAAGUCAAUAGAAGCGACGACGAAGAGGUCGACAAGAGCGAGGAGUUGUCGGACAUCAUCAACUUCUUGAUCGAGACCGACCCCAGGAGGAGUCGGGAGAGCUGCGGAGUUCUCGACGUAUCUUCCGACGACACCGAGCGAUCUUCUCUCCCCUGCCCUUUACCGCCGAACGUCAAGACAGACGCGGAAGCCGCCAGUUCAACUCCGCGCUCAACAGAGCGUGCUGAAACUUCGCCGCUCAGCAUCGUUCUACCGGCACCCGACAUUUACGGCUUCAAUUAUCAGCCCGACUACGCCUUCCGCAGAGUCGCGAGCACCCCUAGUCAAGUAAAAGCAACGUCUGCGGAUGCCAAGGGCGAAUUUGAAGUCUCGUUGCGCCUGGUGGGUACAACGCAGGACGCCGAGAUGAGCGAAACUCGCGGCUCCGAAGGAACUGGCGACAUCCCGGUGAACGGGAGCGACCCGCACAGUUUUGAGGCCGCCGAUAAGUGUCAAGUGCCAAGCGCCGCCGAGCGGAAAUUCGUGAAAAACAGCCGCAGCGUCACCUCCCGUAAACAACGAUGUCACCGAAAGAGCGAUAUCGCGAACAAAGGGUGCGCCUUAAGUGACGGCUUAAUAGUAAAGUCCGAUGGUGAUAUCUCCCAAGAAGACGCGUCCGAUAGCCGUCCUGUUGCCGACUCGGCUGUCGUCCGUGGUGGGCCAGUGGAGAGUGCGAAUUGUGAUGACGGGUGCGCCGCCGAUAACGGCACGGCUGCUCUAGACUCGCCCGCUUAUCCGGAUGCAAGGCCACCUUGUGCGGAGGAAGAUAGCCCCGCCGGCCGCAACGGCAGUCGUAACGACGGCGACGCAGACCGUGGCAGCUGCGCUCCGAAAGAGCGGGAACUGCGUACUCCGGCCAAACCGGCUGUUUCGCCAGCUCCGAAUGCGUCUUCCGAGUCGGGUGCGAGUGAACCGCGUCAAGCCGAGCUCGAAGACGUCAAGAAAGGAUCACUGGCAUCGCCCUCGGCAAAGGCCUGUGACGACGUUGACAUCGACGUGGUUUCAGCGCCGCAGGAGUGCUCUGAGCUAACGUUGCCAGAUGACCACAAGAAAGCAUGUGACAGUGACGCUGAGUCUGACAGUACGGAAGCGCUGCAGUGGUCUCCGGGCCGGGCCUCGCGUUCAAAUAGCGCGGAGUACACGCGAGAGGGGUGCGGUGCGACUGUGGACGCCGCCGGACGAGAUCUGUUCGGCAGCGUGCUCCGCGAUGACCACUCGACGCAACCGGAGGAGCUGUCAAGAGACACGUCGCGGGAGUUCCGACCACGGUUCCUCCUCGAACAGGGUCGCAAACUCCCAGGUCCGGAGUCAACGCCCUACUUCCAAGCGUUACAAGAAGCGCGAGACGGUGCCCACAUAAGCGGAUGCUCACCAGGAGUCAGUGGGCGCUCCUGCUACCGAAGGAGCAGCAGCAGGACGGUGCCGCCACGACCAUCCGGACAACGGGCUACUCGUGCUGCGGGACGGUGCCGAGUCGCUUCCGACGCAAAGCGUCGGCGGCGGUCCGUCGAUCUCGCGUCAGACAUGGACAGUUCAACACGGAAUCGUCCGCAGACGUCCCCAGCUUGGCGUGUGGUGCUUCUCAGGACGGACCUGUCGCUGCCUGCCGACGAGGCGGCAUCGUCCGGUGCCGCUGACGAACUUCGAGCGAACCCCGGUGGAAGUGAUGCCGUGAAAUGUGAUGAGUCUGGUGCCCGUGGUCGUAGUCAUUCGCAAGGACGACGAAAGCAGCAGUCGCCUCAGUACGGCUUCGUUGGUGAACGUGCUUGUGCUGGUGGUGGUGAUCACGACGAGAACGACGAUGACGGCGAGUCGCAACUGGUGAUCUGUGAUACGGACGAUUCGUGCCCCGACGCGCCGCCGUUGGCGCGUCAAGUGCGCGAGGCGACAGUGCUGCAGACAAGAUCCGGCGCCCCUGGUGAGGGCGUCCAUCCGGCGACCACGUCCCCUUCCGGAGCUACUAAUCGAAAAACGGCAUCUUCAUCGUCUGGCCACCAUGUGCCGGGGUCGUCGUCAUCGUCGCUGUACCCGUGGCCGGCAUCGCUGUCCACGCCGCCUUCCGGAACCGAGUCUCCGGACGUUGUCGUGGUCAAGGAGGAGCCCAACGACCUGUCUGUCUCUGGCCGGACGGCAAACCUCCCACAGCAGCAGCAUCACCAGUCGGGCUUGGAACCGCUCGAUUUAUCGGUGAAAGAGCAAUCGUUUCGAGCGAAAGCGGACAUUCCUGUGGGCAAGGUGCAACCGCAAAUGGCCACUACUAGUCAGUCUGCGUCACAGGAGGCGACGGCCAACUCUCCAUUAACUACUCAUCAUCGGCUCGACACGUCGCGCCGCCACACGCUGAGGAAGACACCCGCUCCAAGGAACGCGAAAGGCGCGGAGCCCACGGCUCCGACAGCAAUUCCAGCAACGGAUCCCAAGGCGGCGCGGGUACCUCAAGCACCUCGAGCCGCCCUCGGACUCUAUUCUGCAGCGUCUGCUGCUGACCCUAGUCGAAAACCAAAGGAAAGCGAUUCUAGCGCGCCUCCUCCCGUCCAGGUCAUUCUGAGUCACGCAAUGCCCGCGGCUCGCGCCGAACCGACCAAAGACUGCCAAACGAGACGCGACGCGGACAUCGUCAAUGAAGCCAAGUCUCUCCUGAACGCACGCCUCACGCAGCAGCAACAACUACAGCAGCAGCAUCAACAGCAACAACAGUCACCAUUGGGCAAGACGUCUAACAUGGCUUCCGUGCCGCCCAUGAGCUUUCCGGAAAAACUCGGCAUGAGUACGCUCGAGUCGAAGAUAGUGGAGCUCAAAAAGCAGAUCCACCAUCUCACCAUCUUGGCCACGUACAAGGAGAAAGAGCUUGCGUGCAUCAGCAGCUUGCGGACAGCCAAAGAAGAUGCCCUAAAGCAACUCGAGAGCAAGUAUCCGGGAAUAUGCUCCGUCAUCAGUGCUUUCGGUACCGAGUCCGGCUCUGGCGAAUCCAGUGAUAGCCCGGGUUUCACGGACGUGCCGAGCAUCGUGGCGCAGGCUGCCACCGCUACCGCGGAUCUGACAUCGAGGGGUGUCAGCUUGCCGACCGAGACCGAUUCGCAUCUUCUUAAGAAGCCGGCCGUGCAGUCGCAGCAGCAGACGCAGCAUUCCCCUGCUUUGCCCAUCCCUCUCCUCGCCGGUACCCCGGCGCCUCAUCGCCUACGGGCAAACUCAGCCUCCGAGCGCGACUCUCCCGGCCGAGGUCUCAUGCCGUAUGACAGAAACGGUGCCGCAUCAGGUGGCCUCUUCGGCGUCUACGGCGCGCUCCUCAGUCUCACCUCGUGGCGGCGACAAAGACCGCCGAGGCCUGUGCCAUCAGCGGUACCUUCCAAAUCAGCCUUCAGCGUCCCGUCGGCAUCAUCAUCGUCGUCGUCGUCCUCUUCCUCAUCCUCCUCAACUGCUGCGCUGCCGCUGCGGCUGCUGCCUCGAGUCAGAGGGCCCCAGGCUGUGUCCCAAAGGGCCAAUGCCUUCUGCGACUCCGAAUGCCGCUGUUCCGGUUGCUCAACGCCCACAUCACGGGGACUUAGCAGCAUGGUUUCCCCAUCCGCCGCCGCUGCUGCAGCCGCUGUGUCGAGCUGGUGGAACGCUCCGAAUGUUCCCUCACCAAGUCGCACAGCAGCGCCGCCGGAAGCAUAUCAUCUCUGUCAAGGUCCGACACGUUGGUGGCCUAGCCAGCGAUAUGUCAAGAACCGCUCACACCGGCGUCUCGCCGAAGCGGCAGCGGCGUCGAGGCCAGAGGACACCAGGGACGUGGCUGCCGAAUUGGCCGACAAACAGGAGGAAUUUAAUUUAGCCCUCGGGUCUGGCGGAUCGCUCGCCGGCGUCAACGCAGCUGCUGCGGCGGCGGCUGCCGCGGCUGCUGGCGCGUACCCAUUGGGCCGUGCCGGUCUAUCUGCUGCCGCCAGCAUGUACAACCAGGCCAUGGCGUACAGCUUGUACCAGCAGCUUCGGCACAAGGAGGCCGCGCUAGCGCAGGCCGAGGCGUCCGCGCUCCUUGAGAAGAUGAAGCAGCAGAACAUGCCUAGUCAGCAGCAGCAGCAGCAGCAGCAGCAGCAGCAGCAACAACAACAGCAACAGCAGCAGCAGCUAUACCAGAAAGCGCUGCUCGAGCAAGCCACCAAAAACAGGCCCACUGCCUGGGAGCACAUCAGUCACCUACUGCAGAAGGAGAGUCCGGCAACCUGCAGGCUUUCUUCUUUGGCUGACAGUAUCUCUUUUGUUCAUUCUGUCGUGCAGGCCAACAUGCAGGCAGGCCUGCCCACCGAGCUGCUCUCGCUUCAACCAAAGCUUUCGGCGCCCGAGAUGUCCUGGCUCCAAGCGGGGCUGGUCUGCGUCAACUGCGGGGACCCGCGAGUCAAGUUUGUCUGCAGCUGCUGCAGGACGCAGACCUUCUGCAGCGAGCAGUGUCAGGCGAAGCUCUGGAGCAAGUUGAAGACACAACCUUCUUCGAAGAAUUGAAGGGUUCACCAGAAGAAAGGGCUUUCGUUCAGCUUAAUUAUCACUGUUUUGUUGUUUUGUCCUUUUUUUCUCUCUUUCAUUCUCUUGUGACUCGGGGAAGUUUUUUUUUUUUCUCGGCAACGCGUGUCGCUCAUCUUUCUUUCAUAUUUUUUGAUGGACGAGCUCAUUUUGUACGAUACCACAUUUCUGGCACCUGUCUAUAGGUGGGCUCAUUGUUUUCUCUCUCUUUCUCCUUUUUCUCCAAAUUUCCUAAUAAAGUUAAGUUUUCGCAGCAUGGGCUGCUGUA